AAAUGUUUUGUUGGAGACUUAAAGAUGGAGAUGACAGGAAUGACUGGUGUGUCGCUGAAACGUGGGUCCCUCGUUGUUGAAGAUAAUGAUAACGGAGCCCCAGCUGAGGAGACAAAAAGACAGAAGGUCUCUGUAUGUUGUCUGACCCAAGGUCAGGACAGGCUAGAGAAUGACUCUCUACCCAGCAUUGAAAACGUGCUUGGGCUGCCCGAAGCUGUAAGUGCCCGGAAAGGUAAAGAGAAUUCUGAUGCUCAGUUGGGAGGAGAAGAGGAGGAGGAGGAGGAGGAGGAAGACGGCCUUUCAGAGGAGGAGGAGGAGGAGGAGGAAGAAGCAGAGAGUUUUGCAGACAUGAUGAAGCAUGGACUCACUGAAGUUGAUGUAGGCAUUACCAAGUUUGUAAGUUCUCAUCAAGGAUUCUCAGGAAUCUUAAAAGAAAGAUACUCUGACUUCGUUGUUCAUGAAAUAGGAAAAGAUGGACAGAUCAGCCAUUUGGAUGACUUGUCUGUUCCAGUGGAUGAGGAGGACCCUUCUGAAGAUGCAUUUACGGUUUUGACAGCUGAAGAAAAGCAGCAAUUGGAAGAGCUCCAGCUUUUUAAAAAUAAGGAAACUAGUGUUGCCAUCGAGGUUAUUGAAGACACCAAAGAGAGAAGAACCGUCAUCCAUCAAGCUAUUAAAUCUUUGUUUCCAGGAUUAGAGACAAAAACAGAGGAUAGAGAGGGGAAGAAAUACAUUGUAGCCUACCAUGCAGCUGGAAAAAAGGCUUUGGCAAAUCCAAGAAAACAUUCUUGGCCAAGAUCUAGGGGAAGUUACUGCCACUUCGUUCUAUACAAGGAAAACAAAGACACCAUGGAUGCUAUUAAUGUACUAUCCAAAUAUUUAAGAGUCAAGCCAAAUAUAUUCUCCUACAUGGGAACCAAAGAUAAAAGGGCUAUAACAGUUCAAGAGAUUGCUGUUCUCAAAGUAACUGCACAAAGACUUGCCCACCUGAAUAAGUGCUUGAUGAACUUCAAGCUAGGGAAUUUCAGCUAUCAGAAAAACCCUCUGAAAUUGGGAGAGCUUCAAGGAAAUCACUUCACUGUUGUUCUCAGAAAUAUAACAGGAACUGAUGACCAAGUACAACAAGCCAUGAACUCUCUCAAGGAGAUUGGAUUUAUUAACUACUAUGGAAUGCAAAGAUUUGGAACUACAUCUGUCCCUACAUAUCAAGUCGGAAGAGCUAUUCUACAAAAUUCCUGGACAGAAGUCAUGGAUUUAAUAUUGAAACCCCGUUCUGGAGCUGAAAAGGGGUACUUGGUUAAAUGCAGGGAAGAAUGGGCGAAGACCAAAGACCCAGCUGCUGCCCUCAGAAAACUACCUGUCAAAAGGUGUGUGGAAGGGCAGCUGCUUCGAGGACUUUCAAAAUAUGGAAUGAAGAAUAUAGUCUCUGCAUUUGGCAUAAUACCAAGAAAUAAUCGCUUAAUGUAUAUUCAUAGCUAUCAAAGCUAUGUGUGGAAUAACAUGGUGAGCAAGAGGAUAGAAGACUAUGGACUGAAACCUGUUCCAGGAGACCUGGUUCUCAAAGGAGCCACAGCCGCCUAUAUUGAAGAAGAAGAUGUUAAUAAUUACUCCAUCCAUGAUGUGGUAAUGCCCUUGCCUGGUUUUGAUGUUAUCUACCCAAAGCAUAAAAUUAGUGAAGCCUACAGGGAAAUGCUCACAGCAGACAAUCUUGAUAUUGACAACAUGAGACACAAAAUUCGAGAUUAUUCCUUAUCAGGGGCCUACCGAAAGAUUAUUAUUCGUCCUCAAAAUGUCAGCUGGGAAGUCGUCGCAUAUGAUGAUCCUAAAAUUCCACUUUUCAACACAGAUUUGGACAACCUAGAAGGGAAACCCCCACCAGUUUUUGUUUCUGAAGGCAAAUACAGGGCUCUGAAAAUGGAUUUUUCUCUUCCUCCUUCCACAUAUGCUACCAUGGCCAUUCGAGAAGUGCUAAAGAUGGAUACCAGCAUCAAGAACCAGACCCAGCUGAAUACAACCUGGCUCCGCUGAGCAGUACCUUGUCCACAGAUUAGAAAGUGCACACAAGUGUUUGCUUCUCAGCUUUCUGUUCAUUUUCCUCUUAGUACAGGCAGACCCAGAUGUGGAUUUUGCAUCUUUGUAGUAAAUGAUUAUUUGUAUUUUUUUACAUUUUUAUUAGCUUCCAGAAAUAAUUUGCAAUAUUUCUACACUUAACACAAAUCCUGAGGAUCCUAAUUUUAGCUCGGAGAAUGUAAAUUGGUCUGAAUAUACUUCAGGUGCUUAAAUCAUGGUAAAAUGUCAGCUUUACCAGCUUUAUGACAGUAAAAAAGGACUUUGGUUUUAAGUAGAGUUUUAGGUUUUGCUACAUUUUUGAAGGACAACAGGAAUUUUUAACACAUCCAUGAAUGGAGGACAGAACAAUGCAUUUUAAGAACAAACACAACACAAAUCUUGAUUAUAGAUAAGUAGUUUGAGAGCCCUACCUGUGAAUAUAAGUAUAAUACUCAUGCCGAUUUAAAUGCUAAUAAAACGUCUAGGAGUUUAUAAACACAAAAGUGAUUGUCAUUAUCCAGCUCAUGUACCAGAUUCAGGUAAGCAUUAUAGACUUUUUAGUUGCAGUGGCUUUUACAUUUAUAUUAUCAAUGCCUUGCUGGAGAGUUGCAUUGAUAAGGCUUUUUUUCUUGAUGUAAACAUGUGCAGCGGUUUUUAUUAGUAAAGGUCUAAUUUUUAAUCUAGGUGCCUUUUAUGUUCAGAACGCUUUCCACUGGCCUCGUAUUUGCUUAAAAAUAAAUAAUGGCAGAGAAGAAAACUUUAACAAUUUACAAGGGCUUCUAUCAGCAGUGUUUACUUUUUGUCACCAACAGCUUAGAUAUGUUCUUUUCUGUCAUUACAUAAAACUUUGGUGGGAAAGGAUAAAUUUGCCUUUCCGAAGUUGUGUAAUGUAAUUGUACGAAUUUUUAUUUUCUAUCAUUUCUAGAACCAAAUGUAAUAAAUACUUUUUAAAACUCC